AUGGAGACCAUGUCAUACCCUUGCUCACCUCUCAUCCCCUUCCCCACACAUCAUGAGGAGAGCAGCUACCUCCUGUGGUCUCCUCAGGUACUGAUCCCCCUUGAGAAUGGCAACAUGUGCAAUACCGAUGCCGAUCCUUCCCCUGAUCAUCAUCAGCAGCAAGAUCAUGAGCUAAUGAACAUGCUGAUCCAAGAAGCCAAUGUCUUGCUGCUUCAAGAUGAGUUCUCCAAUGGUGAUCCAUCAUUGGACGGUUCCGAUCAGAGGCUGGGACGGCAAGAAAAUGGCAGCUUGCUGUUGGGAGUCCAGGAGGAGAGCAGUUUAGGCGACCUUCUCGUCGCCGGGGCCAGGGCAGUCGAGUCCAGGGACUCGAUCAGCGCCUCGGCCAUCUUGUCGAGGAUCGAUGCAGCACCGGUCAGCUCAUCUGACCAUCUGGCUUUCUACUUCGCCCGGGGCCUGCGGUCCCGGAUCUCCAUCGAAUGCCGGCCGACUCUUGAGGCACCAGCGCCGGGGAACCGGAUGCCGGCGUACCGGAUGCUGCAGGAGCUGUCGCCGUUCAUCAAGUUCGCGCACUUCACCGCCAACCAGGCCAUCCUGGAAGCCACCGCGGACGACCCGGCCGUCCACGUGGUGGACCUCAACGUCGGCGAGGGCGUCCAGUGGGCGUCGCUCAUGUCGGACCUCGCCGGCCACGGCAGCCGCAAGCCGUUCCGCCUCACGGAAGCUUUCGUCACGGCCGACGCCGGAGCCGGCGCGCACCGCAUGGCGGCCACCGCACGGCGGCUCUCGGAGUUCGCCGCGUCGCUCGGCGUCCCCUUCCAGUACAGCUCCCUCCACGUACGCAGCGACGAGGACCUGCACGGCUUCGCGACGAGCUGCUGCAACGGUGGCGCCUCGUCCUCAGUGAUCGUCUCGUGCGACACGACGGAUCAGCCUUACAGCUCGCUGACCAGGCUGCAGCUGCUGCUCGCCGGCAGCGUCGCCAGGAUCCUCCGGCCAAAGCUGGUGAUCACGACAGAGGAGGAGCUCUUCAGGAUGGGCCGAAACCCCGCCUCCUUCACGGAGUUCUUCCGGGAGGCGCUGCUCCACUUCGGCGCGGUGCUGGAGUCCCUGGCGAGCUGCUUCCGCGACGGCGGCUACGGCGCGUGCCUGGCGCUCGUGGAGAAGGAGGCGCUGGGGCCGAGGAUCCAGGACGCCGUGGGGCAGUACCUGUGCGGGCCUGUGACAGGUGGGGCCUGCAGCGUGGAGCUGGCGGGGUUUAGGGCUUGCGAGAUGAGCAGCUUCAGCGUCGCGCAGGGCAGGAUGCUGGCUGGGCUCUUCAGCAGAGGGUUUGGGGUUGUCCAUGGCGAGGGCAGGCUUGCGUUGUGCUGGAAAUCUAGGCCUUUGACCUCGGUGUCUGUCUGGAGUCCUGUGUGA